AUGACUCGGACUCAAGUUCCUUUCCCUUCCCCUGCUACCCUGAAGCGGUUCCCCCAUAUCCAUGAUGACCCUUCUACCCUGUCUCAUGCCCUAGACCCCUUCACUAUCACCACUUCCACUGGCUUCCUGCCCUACCAGACUGCUCCCUCGGAGCUGCCCGAGGCCUUCAAGGCUCUUGCCUCCUUGGUCGAGCGUCUUCCUGUUGUCAAGCUUGAUGGCACCCCUGGUCUGCUGGCCACCUAUGAGUUGGGCCCGGCUACUGAGGCCGAGCUGACUGACCUGACUGAUGAGGUUGAGAAGCUGAAGCUUCCCAAUGGAGAGUGGGAUCGCUUCACCAUUGCGGCUGUCUUCCGUGACUACACCUUCCUGGCCUCGUCUUACCUUCUCGAGCCUUGCUGGGAGAACUGGUGUAAGAAUCCUGACCAGGGCUAUGGUCUUGGCCGUGACCUUUUGCCCAAGUCCGUUGCUCGCCCUAUGUAUCGUUGUGCACAGAUCUUGGACUUGCCUCCCUUCAUGUCCUAUGCUGCCUCUUAUGCUCUCUUCAACUAUACCCUUGCCGACCACUCCAAGGGUCUAGAGGAGUAUUCCAACCUCCGUCUGAUCCGCGCCUUUGAGCGUGGCCUGGAUCCCAAGAGCUCCGAGGCUGGCUUCAUCCUGACCCACGUCGACAUGGUCAAGGAGACUGGCGCACUGAUCUCUGGUGCCCUCAAGGUCAUUGAUACCCUUGAGCAGCAUGGUCCUCGUCCCGACAUCAACGAUGGCUUCCGUGAGAUCUUGAAGGCCAUGGAGAAGAUUGAAGCGUCCAUGGAAGACAUGUGGGGUAACUCUAAGCCAGCCGAGUACCUCUCCUUCCGCGUCUUCAUCUUCGGCAUCACCAACCAAUCCAUGUUCCCCAACGGCGUAAUCUACGACGGCGUCGAAGACAACAAGCCCCUCAACUUCCGCGGCGAGAGUGGCGCCAACGACAGCAUCGUAAGCCCACCCCUUCUCUCUCUUCCUCUCCCUUCAAUCCCACCAAACACCACUAAUCAACCUCUCUUACCACACAGAUCCCCCUCCUCGACCAUCUCUGCCAAAUCCCCAUGCCCUCAACCCCCCUCACCAAGAUCCUCCACGAAUUCCGCGCCUACCGCCCCCACCCCCCACCGCGAAUUCCUCACCUACGUUCGCGAAAAGGCCGAGGAAAUCGGCGUGCAGGAGUACUCCAUCCAGGACUCCGAGACAGCAGUCCUCUUCCUCCGGACUCUGAAUCACGUUCGCAGCUUCCGCUGGCGCCACUGGCUGUUCGCCCGCGAGUAUAUUAUUCGCCGCACUCCUCAUCCUACUGCUACCGGUGGCAGUCCCAUCGUGACGUGGUUGCCCAACCAGCUCUCCGCCGUCAUGGAACUGAUGAUCUCCAUCUACGACCGCUAUCUCGCACCGAAGGAGGGCGUGACCAUCGUCGAUGGACAGGAGGAUUUGAUUGCCUCGCACAGGAAGCAGGUUGAGCCUAUGAUGGAGCUUGUGCGUGACCAGAAGGAGAAGUUGGCUAAGGAGGUUGAGAAGUGGUGCCAGGAGCGUGGGGUUUAG